AUGCAGAGGAGUGCACCAAAUAUUUUGAUAACAGGCACACCAGGCGUGGGCAAGAGUUUGAUGGCUCAUAUGUUAUCAGAUGUAAGUGGAAUGGUAUGGCUGGAUGUCAGUAAAUUAGCUGUAGAAAAUAAAUGCUUGGAAGAGUACGAUGAGGUGUAUCAGUGCAGAGUGUUAGAUGAAGACAAGUUGCUCGAUGGAAUGGAAGAUCUUAUGAAGGAAGGAGGAAAAAUUGUAGACUAUCACGGUGCUGAAUUCUUCCCUGAGAGGUGGUUUGACAUUGUAUUUGUCCUCAGAACAGACAAUACUAUCUUAUACGACCGUCUCAAAGAAAGAGGUUACAGUGGCAAGAAACUAGAAGACAACAUCGAUUGUGAGAUUUUUCAAACUAUUCUUGAGGAGGCAAAGGCAUCUUACCGGGAGGAAAUUGUACACGAAUUAACGAAUAAUAAUAAGGAUCAGUUAGUAGAUAACAUAAAUAGAAUAUGUCAAUGGUUGCAACAGUGGAAAAUAAAUAAUGCACAAACAUGAAAGGAUGUAAAUCUGCUAUAUAUUCAUUUA